UGCCAGUCGAUCGCACGUUCACCGUAAUUAUUAUGCAGACAAUGGCCGCCUGUGCAUUAUAGUUUCACACACAAGGGAACUUGGUUUGCAACACAACCACGGUGAAAGUGAAUGGCGUCCAAUUUCGCUGCUUCAGUGAGCCAGCAUCUACAUUAAAACAAAUGCUUGAGGAACUCUGUCAACCUGUCUGUAAACGAGCACUUCACUUGGAAUUUCGUCAAGAGUGUUCCGGGCGGUCAGCACGACUACUCGCUGGUUCUCACGAAAAUCGUCACGACGUUUGACCACUUUCUCAACUUUCUUCAAAUCUACCAUCUUCUUUGCAUCGCUACCAACUGUCCAGUCCGAACAGAGCGGCGUUGUCGCCAUCAACUUGGCAUCAGCCGGAUCUCCAGAAACAGCUGGUUCGGCCCCAUCAAUUCUCCCAAUCUCUCCGCUAUGGCUUCCAACGUCCAGAUCCUACCGAUCAGUGACGCUACAGAUGGCACAGGAGCCACGCCGACCCUUCCGGCCAUGGUACAGAACGAUUCAUAUUAUUGCGACAAGCUCGGCGAGGUAUGGGCGAAAGACCGUAGCCUACGGCCAGGCACAUAUCGUCUAGCUCGGCUUCCAGGCGGAUACGGAGGCUGGGAGAAGCAACGGGGCGAUAGCAAGCAUGUUGAUCGCUACCUUUAUGGUCAUCCGCGUGGCGUGUUCAGGUCAGUCAAUGAAUUAUACCCACAUUUCAAGCACUUGCAAGAGUUUGGAGGUCCGAUCGGAUGUCCAUGCAAAUUAUGUGUCGUCGGCUCUUCUCGCACUAAGAGUAAAUCCAAUCCGGCUGUCAAGAAUGUCGCUGGCCAACCUCGAACGACAAGUGCGAAAUCCGCCAAAGAUUCCAAUGGCAACAGCACGAGGAAUCCUCCUCAGAUUAUAUCUCCGAAUCCUUUCAAUGGCAUGCGGCCGAGUGGUGCUGCGUUCGCUGGUCUGCCCGAGGGACGAUGUGGUUCAAGCGAUCCUCCGAAUGGCCGAUUACUACAAAUUGAUGACAAUGAAACGCAAGAUCUCUACAGAUCACUCCUAGAUAAGCUGCAGCAAGCUGGCUCUGAAGGAUGCCCUGUCACUCUAAUACGGGAUGUCAUGUCCCCCGACUGGCGAGCCACGCACGAGAUGUUGAAUGCGGCUAUUGCGUCUAACAAGAAACUGCCAUCUUACAUUCCUCGCGAAGGCGAAGUCGUGCUAUUCGCCCGAACAGACGAUCGCAUCGAAUGGGAUUCCCAUGCAAACACAUUCCGCUGCCUUGUAGGGCGAGACCCUGGUAUUUGGUCCGAAGUACCUCGCUGGGAGGCAGGAGUCGUAACCCAAUUCCCCGUACAGGAGCUAUCUCCAGCAGAUCUGAAAGAGAUGUCGUCCAAUGAAGAACAAAGUCUUAGCUAUUCAGGCUUUCGCAUUCAUCCGCUCUCUUCUGUACAACGCGAAGGACCCAAGAAGCCGCCAAAUAUCCAGCACACGCAUGUGCCCCUUCAUGCAAUUCGGCCAUUCUUCCUCUGGCAAGAGUGUCUACGCGGUGUCAACGAGGAGUCAUGGCACCCGACUAUCCAAUAUGCGCUUGCCACCGCAAGUAGUUUCUCCCUGCUAUCUCGGUUUGCGUUCAAAGGCGUAUGGCCAACAGCUACCGUGUUUGCAGAAGGCCUCUUUCUAGGCCCAGAAUUAAUUCUUGUUGGAGACGCAGUCCGACUUCUGCCAAAGGCUGAAAUGGCAAAUCCUUUGCUUUCUAAACCUGCACUUGCGGCCAAGCCGGAGAACACAAGAAGUCGUGUCAUUGACAUCAUGAUUGUGACCUCUAUUCGUCUCGAGUUUGUUAACCUCGAUGAGUCUACUGAUGACGAUUACGAUGAAGACCAUCCAUAUACUACCUGUCUUCAUGUUCAAGGAAAAGCUUUCACCCAAGAUUUGAGCAAUAGCUUUGACAUGAGCGGGAAGACGUCCCUAGCUCGACCAGGCGUCGAUUUACCUAUUGGUCUAGCUGGCUACGGCAGCUGGUACCACACUCUAGACACUGCUAACCCAAAACUUCGUCUUGAAGUGCCCUACACACGACUUCUCGGCCGAUGCCACGAAUAUACCACCCUUCAGACCUGGUUCGUUCCCGCAAAGACCCUCCCACCGCCUCUGAUUCCCGCAGUCGCCUUCCAAGCCGUUAAUGCUCCGACUAUCACCACUUCGAUACCCUCGCCAGUUCCGGCUGCCACCUCGCUAUCCUCGGGACUUGUGUCAACCCUUGCAGCUCGAGCUUACGGCGCCCGCAACGAUCCACGCAUCCUUCCGAUCUCAUUCCCUGGAGAUGAUGGAAUUGACCCUCAGCAGACCCUCGCCCGCAACGCCUGGUUCUGGGCGGACUCCCGAAUUGAACAGCUCGUGCUGCAAGAGAUCAACGGGAAAUUCGUAGGCGAGUGGGAUCCUCUGCGGAAUGAUACGAAACAAGUACGCGCGUGGCAGAAGGCGUUGAAGGUGCUUGAUGCGAGGAAGGUUGGUGGGAAGAGCGCUGAUGCCGGCACAUCUGCAGCAAGCGCUGCUCCCGUAGAAAAGUCUAUCGUUGAAAGCGGGAAUGGAAUAGGAGUCGGUGUGGAGGGCGUUGAUGAAUCCUCUGAGGAUGAGGACGACGAUAUGCAGGUGGAUCCAAUGAUGAAGAACAUGUUGAUUUCUCCACGAGCCGGCGGAGGCAUCGUGGCGUUUGGUGGCAGCGGGAUCGGAAGUGGCAAUCCCAUUGUUUUAGAUGACGAUGACGAUGACGAUGACGAUGACACGCGUAUGAGUGAUUGACAGCACUGUAAGCUUGCGCCCCUACGAGCGAGCGUUGGAUUCACUAGCUUGUAGCCGGAUCAAGCUUGAGUGAUGCUGUAAUAGCCAACUCUUCGAACAUGGUACUGGCGUGGUGCAAUCAUUCCCUUGCUGUAUCGUAGGUCAUGGCAGCGUGUGCAAGAAUGCUGCGAAGGAAGUUUCAUUGCGAGAGGCAGGCAUGCUUUACUUGUUACAAUCAUAUGUUCUAUCACUGCAUGUCUUGAAAACCUGUACAGUCC